UGUGGAAGCUCCAAGUAGUAUCCAACGACAAAACAAAGAGCAUCGAAUGCGUCUAGGGUAGAAUUUCACAUAACAAAGAAUAGAGAACCUCGACUCAAUUCUUCAACCUUUUCUAACCUUCUCGAGGGCUUCCAUCGUUCCUCAAUCCACAACAACUGCCGCGAAAUAUUACCAAAAAUGCCACGCCAGGGUCAGAAGAAAGGAGAUCGGGACGGUGCGUACAAGCCCGGCAAGGACGAAGAAGAUGUCGCCGAUAUGGACAUCGAUGAAGUAAAACCCACCAAAGCAACAAUAAAACCAGCCAAAGUUACAAAGCCCUUCCAAAAAGGAGUUUCUAAACAAACCCAGAAAGGAUCACCGAAAAGCACGCCCAAAGAAACUCCGACAGGGACACCCCGCUCAACCCCCAAACCACCCGCAGCAGGCGCCUACAAGAAGCCAUCUCCACCACCCAACACUAGCACUGCCGCCCCCUCUUCAACCACCAUCAAAACACCUUCCCCCUCAGACCCGUAUUUUUGCUGCCACCAACCACUCCCCCUUCCGUCUAGUUUUCCUCCUGCUCUCGAAAACUUCUACAGUUUCCUCGUGAAAUCCCUAACCACCAAAUUUCACCCUCCACCUCUCGAAUUCAUCCCCCCCUCCACAACCUACUAUCGUUUUUCCCACCUGAGCUUAACAACAUGUACAGAAGUGCAUCGGUAUUUCCUGAGUCUCGAUCCGCGUAACGAGACAGAAGGGCUGUACGUGGAAGGCAGCGAGGAAAAUGUAUUGGGGAAAGCGGGGGCCUUGGAUGAAGAUGGCAAUUUGAAUCGCAAACAAGAUGUUAUGAUUUUGAGUCGUAAUGCGAGAUGUGAGGACCAUAUGAAAGAGGGGUUUUGGUAUGUUUUGAUGAGAGUGGAACAGCUUGCGGAGAUGAAGAAGAAUGUAGGAAUUGGGUUUGCGGAUGGGCUUGGGGAUGGGGUUGUGGAAAGGGUUGUGGAGGUGAAGAAGAAUGUGGGAAUCGGGCUUGGCGACGGGGUUGUGGAUGGGGAGGAGUUGGAUCAUGAGAUUGAUUUGGAUUUGUAUACGUAGAGUUUGAUGAUGUGAUCUGACGUUGGUGAAGGAGGUUAUAGAUUAAUUAGGUUAAGUAUGCUUUGUGUUAGAAACUUCGACUACUUGUCCCGUAUUUCCGGUCUCUUUUAUCCAAAUUGUUUACUACAGUCAACCAACAUACAUGAACUUGCCCUUUUCCCAAAACAUGAAUUGAACCACUAUCCAAUUGCAGAGAGCCAAGAAAGAGAUACUUUGCAUUGAAUAUGAUACG